CCCUGCCAAGUCGGUUUGAAAAGAGCAGACAAAGGCUUUGAGCCCAGGACGCCCCUCUCUCUCUCUCACUCUGCCUACAAAGCCAACCUAGCUCUAUCUUUUCUGCUUUUCUACCAUGGAAAUGUUUUUUAAUAGGCUGCGUUAAGAGUGUUGGUUUUAUUUUUUACUUUCUUUUUCUGAAAUGUACGACCGUCUGGAUCCCCGCUCGGCCGAGAGAGGAAGGCUUUUCGUAGGUAUAAUACAAGGAAGCGUCGUCUGAGAGAGGGAGAGAGGGGGAAGGAUUGACGCUUUUUCCUCCUCUCCUCCUCCUUCCUUUCGCCCCCUCUCCUCUUUUUGGCGGAGAGAGGAGUUGAGGCAGGAAUAAACGCUUUUUUUGUUUUCCCCUUUUUUUAUGCAUUUGAAUCCUACUGCGCAACGAGACCGGAUCACGUGGGGUUGGAGAGAGUUGGAUCGAUUUUGCACAGUUCAAUGUGAGAAAAAGAGAGAGAAACAAACAACUCCCAUUUCUUUUUUACUUCUGUGGAUAACUGGGACUGUUGAUACUUUUGCAUAAUUGCAAAAGAAGGGGAGUGGGUUCUUUUUUCAGCCUUGGAGGUGUGGAGUAUUAAUUCUUAUAUGCCUGGGGUUUGAAAAACAAUGGAGACGCACAUUUCGUGCCUCUUCCCGGAAAUUUUGGCCAUGAUUUUCAGCUAUCUGGACGUGAGGGACAAAGGCAGGGUAGCCCAAGUGUGUAUCGCUUGGAGGGACGCAUCCUACCACAAGUCAGUGUGGAGGGGGGUGGAGGCCAAGCUGCACCUCCGCCGGGCCAAUCCCUCCCUGUUCCCCAGCCUCCAGGCCAGGGGCAUCCGAAGGGUCCAGAUCCUGUCCCUGCGUCGCAGCUUGAGCUAUGUGAUCCAGGGAAUGCCUAACAUCGAGUCCCUCAAUCUGUCCGGCUGCUACAACCUCACGGAUAACGGCCUGGGUCAUGCAUUUGUGCAGGAGAUCCCAUCACUGAGGGUUCUGAACCUGAGUCUGUGCAAGCAGAUCACAGACUCCAGUCUAGGCAGAAUAGCUCAGUAUCUCAAGAACCUGGAGGUGCUGGAGCUUGGUGGCUGCAGCAACAUCACCAACACUGGGCUUCUGUUGAUAGCCUGGGGCCUCCACAGGCUCAAGAGCCUCAAUCUGAGGUCCUGCCGGCAUGUCUCAGACGUGGGGAUUGGACAUUUGGCAGGCAUGACCCGCAGCGCAGCGGAGGGCUGUUUGAACCUGGAGUACCUGACUCUCCAGGACUGCCAAAAACUGACGGAUCUGUCACUCAAACACAUUUCCAAGGGGCUGACCAAGCUCCGGGUACUGAACCUGAGCUUCUGCGGGGGGAUCUCAGAUGCAGGAAUGAUCCACCUCUCCCACAUGGCCUCCCUGUGGAGCCUCAACCUACGCUCCUGUGACAACAUCAGCGACACAGGGACCAUGCACCUCGCCAUGGGCACCCUAAGGCUCUCCGGGCUUGACGUGUCCUUCUGUGACAAGAUAGGGGAUCAGACCCUGGCAUACAUUGCCCAGGGGCUGUACCAGCUCAAGUCUCUGUCCUUGUGCUCGUGUCACAUCUCUGACGAUGGGAUAAACCGGAUGGUGAGGCAGAUGCACGAGCUGAGGACCCUGAACAUUGGACAGUGUGUGCGCAUCACGGACAAAGGGCUGGAGCUCAUAGCUGACCACCUGACCCAGCUGGCGGGCAUCGACCUGUAUGGAUGUACCAAGAUCACCAAGAGGGGACUGGAGAGGAUCACACAGCUCCCCUGCCUUAAAGUGUUGAACCUGGGACUCUGGCAGAUGACAGAGAGUGAGAAAGUGAGGUGAUUGGAAAUGUUUAGUUUUUUUGUUCUUUUUGUUUCUGGAUGGGGACAGAGGGGGGCAUGAAGAGCAGGAGGAGGGGGGGGGGGGCAGUUGGGCGGGUACAUUUCUUUUCUUAUUAAAAAAGAGAAAACCUCCCUUUCCCCCCCCUGUGUGGUUGUGUAAGGUGUGCUUCUCCCAUGUGAGCAGACUUUUAUGUUCAAGUGUUUUUAUUUUUCUCUCUGUUGGCCUUGCAGGAUUUCAAUUAGUGUUUGAUAUGACUAAAUAUUCUGCCUGGUAAGAACAAAUUAAAACUUACUUUUGCUAUGAGCUCAUGAAAAUCCUUGUUAACAAUUGUUUUGAUCUUGUAUUGAGUUUAAAUCUGACAUCAGACUGGAAUAACCUGCAAUGCAAAGCUUGUGUCACACAUUUAAAAAAAAAAAAAAACUCGUGCCCAUCCAAAGUUGCAUCUACCUUUUCAUUUUAAGCAAAGUGAGGUUUAAAACUUUUUUUUUUUUGUACACCGAGUCUGGAUUUGAGACAUUUACGACUAAUCUCCACUACAGCCAUCACGCCUAAAAACAUUUGGCUACCUCGUAUGUGGUUGUUUUCAAAGGGUGUAUACUGUUAAAAAAACAAAAAAACAGAAGGAAAGCGAGAAAGAGAGACUGGGAGAAAAUGUGCCUAAAGGGACUGUGUCUGCCCCCUCCCCCCCAUCCCUCCCUCCCUCCUCCGUGAGCAGAGCUGGAGAAAGGAGACCAGGACACAAUCUAACUACCUUUGUUAAUUUACCCCCAUAAACAGCAACAAUUUCCCAGAGAGAAAGCGAGAGAGACCGAGGGAAAGCGAGCUGUAAAAUCUUUUCAGAUUUCAAUGACGCUUUAUGCAACAACAGAAAA